AUGUCGCGCCCGUCGUCGGAGCGCACGCUCGCCGAGCAAGACCACGCUCUUGCCGCCACCAACAACAUGGCGAAAACCUCCUCCACCCCGCCAAAAUCUGACGCGGUGGCUGACGGCGAUCCCGCCGUCGAUCUGCCUACAAAAGACCACAGACGCGAGGCCACCAAUGCAUCCUCCAGCGACCGGGACACCGGUGGCGACGACGAGAAGCAUGUGACUGUGCAGUCCGUCUGCCCAGAGGACAUUGAGGCCAACAGGCCAAAGGACAUCUACGACCGGUUCAGCCCUGCCCGCAAGAACUGGAUCGUUGCCAUUGUCGCAUAUUCUGCAUUCAUUGGACCUAUUGCCUCGUCUGCAUUCCUGCCAUCGAUUUCGGUCAUGUCCGAAGACCUGCACACCUCCGAGUCGAUGAUCAACUACACCGUCGCCAUCUUCACUGCGACCGUCGGUGUCGCACCCCUUAUCUGGUCGCCACUCUCUGGAUUCUAUGGUCGCAAGCCGGUCUACUUGGCCUCGAUGCCCAUCAUGACUGUGGCGUCGAUCGGUGUGGCACAGUCCAAGACCAUCGGCGCCAUUAUCGGCACACGAAUUCUGCAAGCCAUUGGCUCGUCUGCCGUCCUCUCCGUCGGCGCCGGCACCGUUGGUGACAUUUACAGGCCGACCGAGAGGGCCAACGCAAUGGCAUGGUUCUACUCGGGUGUCCUCCUCGGCCCCGCCUUGUCGCCCGUUCUCGCAGGUGUGUUUACACAAUACACGCCCGAGACGUGGAAGGCGACCCAAUACUUUCUCUGUGGCGCCUCUGCCCUCGCCGUCUUCCUCACGGCCAUGUUCCUGCCAGAGACAAGUCACCCGCCUACUCCUCACGAGGUGGCACAAAAGGAGACGGGCAAGCGCUUUGUGCCAUACUUUUUUAACCCACUCAUCUCCCUCAAGCUCAUGCGCUACCCGAACGUGGUCACCACGACCAUCGCCUCUUCGUUUGUCAUGCUCCAGCUCUACUGCGUCAUGGUCCCCCUCGCCGUCAUCUUCAAGGACCGCUACAACAUUCACAACGUGGCCCUCUCGGGAUGCCUGUAUAUCGCCCCGGGACUGGGUACGCUCAUUGGUAGUCGUUUCGUUGGUCCAUACGCCGACCGUGUUGUGCGCAAGUGGAUCGAGAAGCGCGGCUACCGUCGUCCCGAGGACCGUCUGCGUGCCGCUCUGUUCGGUGCAGGCGUCAUCGGACCCGUGUCGUGUUUGGUAUACGGCUGGCUCCUCCAGGCGAACAAGGGCGGCCUUUGGCCACCACUCGUCAUGCUCGCCAUCAACGGUAUCGGCAGUCAGCUCACCCUCACCCCGGUCAACACGUAUCUCGUCGACUCCAACCAGAAGAAGAGCGCAAUGGCCAUCUCGGUCAACAACUUUUGGCGAUACCUGUUUGCUGCGGCUUCAUCAGCCUUUGUCCUGCCCAUGAUUGACGCCAUUGGCCUUGGCUGGACAAUGACCGUGGCCGCUGCGGCCCAGUGGAUCGGCUUCGCUGCCAUUUUCAUCACCAUGGUGUAUGGCGAAAAGUGGCGCCAAAGCGUCAACAAGAGCCACGAGACCGCUGAGGACAAGGCCGAGGAGGCGGUGGACGGUGGCCGUACGGCAGGUGGCGAGACGGAGGAGGAUGUGGCAGUCCAAGUGGAAGAGGAGAAGGCCCGUCGCUCAUCCGCCGCGUCCCACGACCAUGGAGAGGGAGAGCACGGUGAGCCGUCUCACCUCCCCGGAUUCUCCAACCUCAACCGCAAGUCGACCCGCACAAACCAGGGCGGCAGGCUGGGCCGCAAAAAGUCGCGCCAGGGCAGUUCGAGUACGCUGCCAACGGUCGACAAUUUGCUCGAGCGCACAGUCAGCCUGUCUGGUGCGAGCGUGCAUGGUGGUGCGUAG